AUGACGACCCCAAGAGUGUUCAUCGUUCGCCAUGGCGAGACCGAGUGGUCCCUGGACGGCAGACACACUGGCUCGACAGAUAUCCCUCUGACUGCCACUGGUGAGAAGAGAGUCCGAGCCACAGGGAGAGCGCUUGUGGGUGAUGAUCGGCUGAUUGUACCAAAACAACUCGCCCAUAUCUACGUAUCGCCGCGCAAGAGAGCCCAGCGCACUUUUGAGCUCUUGAACCUGGGCAUCAAGGACCCACUGCCAUGGAAGGCACACGGCGUAAAGCCCGAGGAGGUCGGCUCAAAUGAUUGCACUGCGCGUGUGGAAGUCACACAAGACAUCCGUGAAUGGGAAUAUGGCGAUUAUGAAGGCAUCACGAGUGCUACGAUCAGGGAUCGGCGGGAAAAGGACGGGCUGAACCGCGACUGGGAUAUCUGGCGCGACGGGUGCGAAGGUGGCGAGAGCCCGGCCGAGGUGACCGAAAGGGUCGACCGAUUGAUCAAGGACAUCCGCGACAAGUGGCAGGCCCCGGUCAUCGGCAAGCCGAAGGGCAAAACGCCACAAGGCGACGUCAUGGUAGUUGCCCAUGGUCACAUUCUCCGGGCCUUUGCGAUGAGAUGGGUGGGCAAGUCUCUCCCGGACGGCCCGGCUUUCCUGCUUGAGGCUGGUGGUAUUGGCACCUUGAGCUACGAGCACCACAGCAUCGAUGAACCGGCGAUUCUGCUGGGUGGUGCUUUCGUGGUUCCUACAGAAUCCUGA